AUUGGCUCAGUCAUUCCACUGCAAGCUGCGACCACGCACGGAUCGAUUUCGGAAAUUUUUGCGCGGAAAUUAUUUCUCCUCGGUGCGCGAUCGACGAUUAUUAUACAUACCAACCGUUUCUUCCUUGUUGUUUCUUCUCGUUUCUUCUUUCUUUGUUUCUUUUCUUUUCUUUUCUUUUUUUUUUUCCCUCUUCUCCCUCCCCUCCUCCCCUCCCUCUCUCGUUCAAUUAAAAUGGAUAUCAGGAUGUUGGCAUUGGUCUUGCUAGUCAACGUGGUUGGAUCGCUCGCGGACUUACGUUCCCCCCUCUUCAGACUACGAAGAAAUGGAUUGCGGGAAGAUAGAGCGAUCGCAACGGAUGGGAUAUCGAGGACGGGCAAACGGGAAUCCAGCGCCUCGAACGCUCGAACUACCGCCUUGCCUGUUUCCACCUUGCACCUCUACACACUGAUCCCCCCCGACCCCACUACCGAAAAUACGAAUCCGUGGAGCGCAGCUCCCUCUGGAGAUAAAUCCAACACUCCCAAGAACGUGGCUCGAAGGGCGACGAACGAGCCAGAUUCGACCACCGAGUCCGAAUCACCUUCUCCCCGAUCACCUCUCACCACCAAACCACCGAAAAGUCCAACUACCACCGGGCCUCCCGACUCGAGGGAAGAUCCUUACGCCGAUUCGAAGCCGAAGAGGCCGGCGCCCAAGCCGGCCGGCAGAUCGACCACACCGAAACCGAAACCGAGGCCGAGGCCGAAACCGACGAGUCCUGAAGAAGGUGCCGAGCAACCGGACCCCGAGAUCUCCGAAAAACCGAAGGCAGAUCCCGAGGAGCCGGAUCGGGAAGCGUCCGAAAAGGCAAAUGUCGCGGAACCCGAGCAGUCGAAUUCGGGAGGAGGGAAGCGGAGAGCGGAUACCGAGGACUUGGAUCCGGAAAGCGAGACGAGAGGAGGGAAGCCGAGACCGAGAGCGAAAGCAAAACCUGCGAGUUCCGAGGAAGAGCUUUCCGCGAGACAAUUGCCGAAUGCGGAAAGGCCGAAACCGAAGGCGUGGCCCGCGAAUUCCGAGGAGGAGGAGGAGAGGGAGCCUGAGGAGGGGGGGAGAAGACAACCGUUGAACGAUUCGAAAAGACCGAAGAGGCCGAAGGGAAAACCGACGGCGAGCUCCGAGGAGGCUGAUCCGGCGAGCAAACCGAGGGGGAAAGCGGCAGGGAGCAAGCCGGCGAUCGGUGCCCGCCUCGGCUCCCCCGACGACGAGGAGGAGCCGAAGCGGGAACAGGUGGGAAUCGAAGGGAGGCCUGGAUCGAAGUCGAAUCGUAUCCCGAACAAUCCUCAGAAUCCCAACUUCCAAUUCCCCCCUUUCUUCAUGCCGUCCUUCGUCCCCAGCUUCUCCUCGCCCUACAGCGACACCUACAAUCCGAACAGCAACGCGUGGGCCGGAACCAACGCUGGAACGAGAGGUUAUGGAAGCGGUGGAGCGGCGUCUUUCGCCUCGGCGAGCGCCUCUGCCGGCGGAGCAUCUGAUAUACCCACGAAUUAUAACGGUUAUCCUCGAGGAUAUCCAGGAGGAUAUGGCGACACCUCGAACACGGUCAACGCACCUACGCCAGGCGUGUAUAACAGUGGGGGAUAUGGUAGCUAUGGAGGAGGCGUGUACGAUCCCAGUUCGUUCGCCUUCCCUGAUUACAACUUCGCCGAUUUCCAGAAGCAAAUGGAGGAAAAUUUCAGACAGUUGCAAGCUCAAUUCCAGAAGCAACAGCAAUCGAUCUUCGACGCGACAAAUCGCAUAGCCGGUGACCCGAACUCUGUACCCUUGCACAGUGCUGUGUCCAGCAUUAAUUUGGGACCAGAAGGUGGUUAUCAAGCUGGCGCGAUCAAUCCGGUUGGACCAGGCGUGGAAUCAAGAUUUGGCGAGGAAGUGCCUCCACCAUCUGGAAACAGCUAUGGGGUAUUCUCCAGCUCGAGCUCGCACACCAUGGUUGGUCCGGAUGGGAAGACUAUCUCUCAUAAGUCUUCGACCACGGGUGUAAAUGACAAUGGAAAAAUUACUUUCCGAACAAUCGAGGAUUAAAUUCAUCAAAUUAAGUAUUGGCACAAAUGUUUCCAAUUUUAACGCCUCUUUCCAAGUUUCUCUGUAACGUCGGGAUAAUUAUAGACAAAAUUCUUAAAUAUCAUUUAUUGUUUGUUAAAUAUACGUAAAGUGAUACGCUGAUAUGAA